ACGUACUAGUACCACCAGUUCCUCUGUCCUGAACCUGAUCCCUCGUUGCUGCACGGCAUGCUGGCCAAGCCACCCUCUGGGACUACUGGGACAUCUGGGAAAGACAGAAUGGGCCCGUCCUUGUCGUGCAGAUCCUGCAUCAGUGAUCUUUCUCUUGUCGCAAGGCUAAGACGGUAUGAGAGCAUGGUGGUUGGCUGUGCAUCUCCUUCCUGACAUGUUUUCAGCUCUCAUGGUAAGGGCUGUGGAGUUUACGUUGGUGUCGUCCUUGAGUCAUCUGGGCAAUGGACCGCUGGGGGCAUACGCACAGGAUUUGCUGAGCAGGUACAAGGAUAUUGGGACAUUAGGUCAUUACGAAGGAAGGUGGAGGUCUCAGCUUGACCAUUGGGUUUUAGGGGAUCCCGGGGCCCUGAGAUCAGGUGAUAGUGUAAAUGUAGAUACAGGCACAGGCGUUUAUGGGAUUCCCAGGGGGGACAAGAUGAGGCAUCGGUUGCCGAAGUUGGAGAACAGCAUUCUGCAGUCUUUCACGCAGGUUGUGCAUGUGGCAAAGGGCGACCUGGUGGGGAUCGAGCGGGAUGCAGAGCUGGGGCUCAAAGAGAACUUGGGUCGGGCAGAGUUAGAGAAGUUGCGAUUAAAGACUAUGAAUUGCCUGGGCGGAGUCAGGGAAGUAGCCAUGCAGGUUGCAAAUGCUCAGAAUCAACACCCUCAGGGAGUGUAUAUCAUGGCUGGGGGAACUGCUGUGGUGAUUAGCACAGUUAAUUGUGCAGUUAGCAUGUUGCAGACGCUGGAGUUGGGGGACGGGUUGCAGAAUUACGCUCAGACUGGACGAUGUGCCCAGCGGAUGAUCCAAAUGCAUGUCCAGUCCUUGGCGAUGGUGAAGGAUGUUUUGGCACCUGGACUGGUGACGACGUUGGAGGAUGCAGUGAUUUCAGAGGAAUUAGUUCAGAUACAUUCUGCAUUUGGUGCUGGUGGAAGAGGAGUGUUCCGUGGAGCACAGCAGGAUCCUUCGGCUGGCGGAGCACAGACACCUGUGAGUGCAGAGACAGCAUUAGGUGCAGGCCGUGGUGGCAGGGGGAAGCAAAUGAUGAUGACUGUGGCAACUGCUGCCUUCAUCACGAUGGCCAUUGUGGCAGGGAUUUCUAGUUUGGGAAAAGUUUACUCUCUCAGGAUUAGCGAGCGCUUGGAUCAACUGCAGCGAGGACUAAAAGGAUUGCUGUCAACGUUGAGUUGUGGUGCAGGAAGCAAGGAGUCGCCUUCCAGAAAUAAAAAAACUCCAGCAGAUGUGUCAUUGUUCUUGCUUCGUGUGCUGGUGGGUGAUUGCCCAGUAUUUGGGUUGCAGUGGGUGGAACUAAGGUUGCUUCUGAACGAACAGGUGGUGCUUGAGAAGCUAUCUAUGGGUGCAACGGCUGGUGAAGUGAUCCAAGCUGCAGACACGGAGCAGUGCAAUGCGUCCCUUACAGAUUGCGAGAAGGUAUUCAUCCAGGCUGUGGUGUUGACAAGGCUGCUGACGCGUCUGGAAGCGGCCACUCUCUACUGCGAAGCAGUGCGUUUCCUUGGUCGGGCCCUUGAGGAGCAGCUCAUCUCGAAUGUGAAGUCCACCGUUUCUGAGAAUCUGGAUCACCUUCGUGAGAAAUGAUCACUCUGCCAGUUGCUUUGCUAUACCAUAGAAAUAUUUGGUCUUACAAGCAUCCUUAGU